UCAGCUCAUCUGCUGGUGUUGUGAGCGGAAACCACAGUACAAAGGGCACACCACUGUCCUUGCUGCAGAUGCCUGUCAAGGCUACAGGGACAAGUUCCAGGAAACUUUGACAUUGAGGAAACUAGAAGAACAAAAUAACGAAUGGCAAGAGAACAUAAGAAAGAAAAUAGCAAAACUCCAGUCUAAACUUGCGAAGAAAAAAAACGUUGCAUUGAGUACAGUUUUUAGGUUGUUCACAUGAUCCUAGAAAUGGAGGAGAAAUCUUAUCUAUGAAGACUGGAGAAUGAAGAAGAACAAGUUCUGAAGAGGCUGCAGGAGAGUGAAGCCCAGCUGGAGGAGCAAAACCAGGAACUGAACAAACACAUCCUGGAAUGGAGAGGAAAUAAAUGUCAAGACUCAGCCCAAAAGUUACUGCAGGAUGUGAGGGACACUUUGAAUAGUAUUAAAGAUUUCCAGGAAAAACCAUGGCCUCAGGCACAGCUCUGACCAUGAGGGAGGAAGCCACCUGCCCCAUCUGCCUGGAGCUGAUGACUGAGCCAGUGAUCAUAGACUGUGGACACAUCUACUGCCAUUCCUGCAUAAUGAAAAAUCUUGGGAACCAGCAACAGAAGUCACUGUCAAAAGGAAACUUCCAGUGUCCUGUAUGUAGGUCAAAGUUUAAAAGGGAGAGUAUCCGUCCCAGUAAGCAGCUAGGAAACCUCAUUGACACCAUUAAGAAGAUGGAGCAGGAACAUCUGUGUGAGGACCACGGAGAGAAGCUCAGCCUGUUCUGUGAAGAUGAUGGUCAGCUCAUCUGCUGGUGUUGUGAGCGGACACCACAGCACAAAGGGCACAGCACUGUCCUUGCUGCAGUUGCCUGUCAGGGCUACAAGGAUAACUUUCAGAAAUCUAUGACAUACUUGAGGAAACUAGAAGAACAAAAUCAAGACUGGCAAUGGAACAUAAAAAAACAAAUAUCAAAAUUUCAGCGUGAAAUUAUGGAUAAAAAAUAUUGCAUCGAGUCUUAUUUUAAGGUUUUUCACAUGAUUCUACACAUGGAGGAGAAAUCUUAUCUAUGGAGACUGGAGAAUGAAAAAGAGGAAGUUCUGAAGAAACUGCAGGACAGUAAAACCCAGCUGGAGAAGCAAAAUCAGGAACUGAACAAACAUGUUCUGGAACUGCAGAGGAAAUGUCAGGGCUCAGUCCAGGAGUUACUGCAGGAUGUGACAGACACUUUGGAUAGGACUUCUGCUAUGAAGUUAAAUGCACCAGAGGAUGUCUCAUUGGAUAUUCAUGUUGUGCCUGAUAUUGAUAGCAUUUUAAGUCAAUUGAUAAAAUUGUUUGAGACUGAUAAUGAUGUUGUUACUCUCGAUCCAGAUACAGCACACAAAGAGCUACUUGUGAAUGAGAAAAGAAAACAGGUGACUCGAGGAUCCCCCCAAGUGAAGCCUGAGACUCCUGCUAGGUUUAAAGACUUACCUUGUGUCCUGGGAUGUGAGUCCUUCUCCUCAGGAAAACAUUUCUUUAGAGUAUUGUUUUUACAAGGAUCUGAGUGGGAUGUAGGAGUUUGUCUGGAAAAUGUGCCAAGAGACAAUGCCAUGAGACGGGACCCUGAGUCUGGAUUCUGGGCCAUCAGACAAUGCAAAGUUAAUGAUUAUGUAGCCCUUACAUCUCCCCUAACUCCUCUUUCUCUACAGAAUGUUGGCUUUUUAAGCAUUUUUCUGGACUAUGAGGCCGGACUUGUCUCCUUUUACAACUUGGAUACUGGCUCCCACAUCUACACUUUCCCAAAGGCCUCAUUCUCUGAGCCUAUCAGGCCUUAUUUCUGUAUUAGUAAAAAUUCUCAUCUGAGCACAUAAUCACCCAGCUUUUAAAAAAUUAUAAAAAAUAGAUUUUUGAUAUUUAUAUGAAAAAGAGCACAGUAUCCAGUUCAAAGGAAAAGUAUUUAAAUUACUGACUGUAGAAAUUUUGGUUGCUUUCUUCACAGUUUCCCAUAACCUACACAGAUGAUAAGCUUAGUAUAUACCUAAUAGAUUUGCAAUAAAUAAAUAAUUGUAAAGACUCUAAGCAAGUAGCACAAAUGAUACUUCCUUUUAGAGCACAUAGGCUUUAGAGGGAAGUUAGUUACAAAGACCAUACACUGUUCUAUUUUCCUCCUUUCAUUAGAUUCAGUAUUAUGAAAGAAAUACUCGGCCUAGGUAAAUUCCCACCAGUGAUUUCUUUUUAGUUAAUAAAAACCUUUCCUUUGAGAAUGAAAGUGCUGAAACAGUUCCCAUUCAAGUCCCUUGCAGGGUAUGGUACAAAUGUUGGCAGAAUACUGUCAGGACUACAGCGGUUAAUCCCAGAUCCUAGGAGAGGUUUAUAUAUCCCACAUGAGUAAAUAUAAACUGAGGUCAAAGAAAUAAAGAAUAUAGAGUUUAUUAGAGAGCAAGUAUUCAAUUAAGAAACAAAUUGUAGUCACUUGUGGUAUAUAACAAAAACAUAUGGCUCAAAUACCCAAGGGCAAGAGGAAUGAAUUCCUAGCAGACUGGUUUAUCGUUGGAAGCUUGCCAGAAGUGUUUGUGGGAGUGAGGGGUUGGGGGAGAUGUUAGGACAGAGAAGAGACCACUGUGACUUGAUUAUUGAAGAUCAUCACUGACAUACAAAUAGUGCAAAUGCAUACUGAUAACCUUUCAGUAUUGCAAACCAUAAUGCCCGAAAGGAGAUAGAGAGAGAGACAGACAGACAGAUAGACAGAGAGAAACAGACAGACAGAGAAAGAGAGAAUAAAAGUAUAAUUACCUGCUGCAGAGGAAUGGAGUGGGGGUGGGUUAUGGCAGGAUGAAAACUGGGAGCAUUAGAGGUAGGAAACAUACAGUGAUGAAUGAUGGGUGUUUAAAUAUUGUAUGAAUGAAACCCAACUAUGAACAACUUUGUAAUUGUGUAUCUUAAGGUAAUUCAAUAAAGAAAAAAAUAC